AUGGCCGCCGACACUACGCAGUCGAAUCCGCGCUCGCUCGUUCGCGAAGACUAUACAAUCGGCUGGAUUUCAACUCUUGCCGUAGAGUCCGCAGCGGCUAACGCCAUGCUCACGGAGAAACAUCAACGUCUCUCAACGGCGGAGGGUGACACUAAUUCCUACGUGCUCGGCUCGAUUGGAGGUCAUAACAUCGCCAUGGCGUGCAUCAACGAAGCUGGCGGGUUGCCUGCCCACAUCGUCGCGAGCCAUUUGAUGACGUCGUUUCCGAAUGUGCGGUACGUACUCAUGGUGGGCCUUGGAGGGGGCAUCCCCAGCGACCGCUAUGACAUUCGGCUGGGUGACAUUGUCGUGAGUGAGCCUAUGGAGGGGUCGCCCGGUGUGGUGCAGAGCGAUUUCGGGAAGUGGGAAAGCGAGGGGUUCAAGCGAACAGGAUCCUUGAAUAGACCCGCCGAGGGGCUGGUCCGAGUGAUGGGCGCCAUGAAACGGUUGGAUAUCCUGGGAGAAAGCCGCAUCCAUAGCUAUGUGAAACACCUCCCCACGGGGCGGUUCCGCCACCCGAACCAGUGGGCGUUCCAGGGCAUCAACAAUGAUCCGAUGUAUGAAAACGAUCAAACUCCCCGGAAGGUGGGAAUAUGCCCGGAGUGUGAGUUGCUCACAGAAUACCAUUCACCCGACCCCAUCGUCCACUACGGCAUCAUUGCGUCCGGCAAUCAUGUCGUCAAGAACGAGCACCAGAGAACCGAGCUCCUGAAUGCGCUGGGUGUCUGCUGUGUAGAGAUGGAGGCGUUUGGACUCAUGAAUAACUUCCCAUGUCUGGUUAUCAGAGGGAUCUCGGACUAUGCCGACGGACGGAAGAAUGAUAAAUGGCAAAGCUAUGCAGCUCUGACCGCUGCGGCCUAUGCAAAAGAGCUCCUGCUAGAGCUGCCGGCUGUGGACGUGUUCAGCACGCCCCCGGUGAGCGACCAGCUGCUGAAGCGUCAGUAUGCCAGAGCCAAGAGCCAUGUCGGAAGUUUCUAA